AAUGAAUGAAAAAUGGCGAUGGCAAUGUUUUGAUUCGUAGGGAUGAAUUCCGUGUGUAACUAAAGAAACCAUGAAUCGUCUUGUAAGCGAGAUUUCGCUCGACGCAGCAGACGAGUGGUUUAAAAUUGGGAAAAAGGCGUACAAGGAUGUUCAUACAUUUUCCAAAAGUAAAACAGGAGGUUCAUCUGACUUCGAUCUUGUCACACAAAAACCACGUGUGGUUAAUGAAGAGACUUACAUUCCUUCCUAUCUCAGAGGUGCACGAGAUGAAACCCAGAGAGACUAUGCUACUUCCUACUUACAGGAGGAGGAGAAUCACCUUUUUGAGACAACUCAGCCACAGCAACAUGGUGUCCAUGAUGCGACUGAGCGAAUGUCAGAGAUUGACAUCGACAGCAUCUGUACCAGUGCUGUUGCUAUGCCGGAUGACCUUAUUCCCUCCAAUGCUGUAGAUGUGUACCUGAACUACAAGUUUCAGCACAGUUAUGAUGUGAAGAUGCCCAUCACCAGACAUCAUCAACAGGUCGUCUCCACCAUAGAGUGUAACCAAGUAACGGUUGUACAGGGGUCAACGGGGUCAGGGAAGACGACACAGGUGCCCCAGUACAUACUGGACCACUAUGCUGCCAUGAAUAAGUAUUGUAACAUCAUUGUGACACAGCCGAGGAGAAUCGCUGCUAUCAGUAUCGCUCGCCGUGUUUGUAGUGAGAGGGAUUGGCAGCUUGGCACUGUGUGCGGAUACCAGGUUGGUAUGGACAAGCAGACUUCAGAAGAUACAAGACUGACCUAUGUGACUACAGGGGUCCUGCUACAGAAACUGAUCAACACCAAAAACAUGUUACAGUUCACGCAUGUGAUCCUAGAUGAGGUCCAUGAACGAGACCAGGACACUGACUUCAGUCUGUUGGUUGUACGGAAACUCCUCAGAACUAACUCACCCCAUGUUAAAGUUGUAUUGAUGUCUGCCACCAUUGAGUCCGAAAUGUUUGCCAGCUACUUUGCCCUGCCCCUCGGACGAAAACUGGAACCUGCACCUGUCAUCAGUGUGGAAGGCAAGAUCUUCGCAGUAUCAGAAUAUUACACAGAGGACUUGUCUGUUCUAGGGGAGGUGCCCCCACUGGACGAAGGAUCACCGGCCAUCUCACAAGAGGCUUACAGUAUGGCUGUCAGACUUAUACAGGAAUUUGAUAGUUUGGAAGCCAAAGACCAGGGAAUAUCCCCAACAGGUUUUGCUAACUUCAGAGGAACGGUGCUUGUUUUCCUACCAGGUCAAGCUGAGAUAGAAUUUAUGGAUACUAGUCUGCAGGAGAGAUGUCAGAAACACAAUUUGCGAAUCCUUCCCUUGCAUUCAUCCAUCACAUUGGAGGAACAGUCUAAAGUGUUUGAGAUGCCUGGAACUGGAGAGAGGAAGAUCAUUCUCUCUACAAAUAUCGCAGAAAGUUCCAUCACUGUACCAGACAUCAAAUAUGUGAUUGAUUUCUGCCUUACAAAGAAUCUGGUGGCAGACGCAGAAACAAACUACACCAGUCUGCAGACGGAGUGGGCUUCCCGCGCUAACUGUAACCAAAGGAAAGGUCGAUCGGGUCGAGUGUCCAAUGGCAGGGUGUACAGGAUGAUUACGCGUUACUUCUGGGAACAUUUCAUACAAGAUUUUGGUAUUCCAGAAAUGCAGCGCUGCCCCCUGGAGCGUGUCAUACUCCACGUGAAAGUGCUUGACCUUGGAGAACCCAAGGCCAUCCUGGCACUGGCCCUGUCCCCACCCAACCUGGACGACAUAGAGAAAACCAUACUUCUACUGAAAGAGGUUGGAGCACUGAGUACACCGACCCAUGAAGCGGGCUGUCGCCAUGAUGGUGACUUGACCUUUGUAGGACGUGUGUUGGCAGAUGUUCCUGUAGACGUCCGGCUUGGCAAGCUGCUUAUCCUUGGUCAUGUGUUUGGACUCCUGGAGGACUGCCUCAUUAUAGCUGCGGCUCUGUCAUUGAAGUCUGUGUUUGCCAGUCCAUACAAGAAACACCUGGAGGCCUACAGACACAAACUCGAAUGGGCUGCGGGCUCCAGCAGUGACUGUAUUGCCAUUCUAAAUGCCUACAGGGAAUGGGAGAAGAGAAAGAUGUUGGGUGAUUUCAAACGACGCAGUCAGAAGGAGGUCUCAUGGGGAAGGAUGCAUUUCCUUCAGAUCAAGCGUUUGUACGAGGUCCAGGAGCUGGUGAAGGAACUGGAAUCUAGACUGAGCAGCUUGAACAUCCAGAAACCAAGACAGACACCAAACUACAAACGCAGGUUCUCCGAGGACCAAGAGAGGCUUCUCUUAAAGGUUGUAAUGGCAGGUGCUUUCUACCCCAACUUCUUCAUUAAGGAGCCAAUAGAUGAACAGGAGUCUAACAGGAUCAUGUCAGGUCAUGAUCCUUUCAACACUGUUAUGGUAAAGGGUUUGCCAGCCAAUCAGGGAAGUCUAUACAAGAGUGCUGUAGAGGACCAUUUUAGGGAUGUUGGCUACAGACCUUCUGCUUUCUUUGAGGAGACAAAACAACUACGUCUACCCCUGGAGAUCCAGUUGUUGUCAAGGGAAGAAGCUUAUAGUCUUGUUGAGCAGCAGGAAUUGGCAAAGGAGCCACAAAAGGGCUGUUUACGUACAAAUAGGAUAACCGUGUCAGAUCAGCCACAGGACGACCAGAAGUACAUGUUACCUCCGCCCUCCACCUCUGCUGUCCAGCUGUGUGUCACUGAGGUUAAGGAAUGUGGGCACUUUUGGGCACAGUACUCUGAGAGAGAGAACUAUAAUGCUCUAGUGAGAAUCCACACCUGCCUCAACCAGGGGAGAUCACUUAUGCCACUUGUGGGCCGUAUCAUGGUGGGGAAGCUGUGUGCCGCACCGUUUGAGGAUGAAGCAAGAGAAUACUACAGGGCCAGAGUAGAUGGCAUCAUUCGUACACAGCUGCCUCGCACCAACCAGUUUAGGGAGUCACUUGAGGUGUUCUUUGUCGACUACGGUAACAUGGCUGUGGUCGCCCGUGAGGAUGUCCGAGAGCUGCCCGAGCCCAUUUCAGAAGUGCCAUUCCAGUGUGUUGAUUGCUACCUCAGUGGGGUUCGACCAUCAGUUGUCAAGUGUCCAGAUGGGCGGUGGACAGAACAGGCAAACAACACAUUCCGCAGUAUGGUGAUGAACAAGGAACUGUUUGGGAAGGUAUACUCUGUGGUGCGAGGCGUAGUGCGAAUGGAGCUGAUAGAGGUGUUGAGAAAUGGCCGCCAGAUCUGUUUUAAUCAUGAACUCAUUUCCCUGGAGUUUGCAGACGCUGCUGAAGAAAGCUUCCUUUCAAAGCAAAACCAUGAUCAGCGAGUGCUGGAGGAGACAACGGGGCAACUUGGUCAAACAGGACCCCAGGGACAGUCCAACAAGCAACAGACCAGCUGGCUUAACCUCGCUCUCAAACCAAGUACUAGUAUGACCUUCGGAGAGAGUCGCAGGGGGGGCAAGGUGAAUUUGAGAGGUCCAAACAAUCCCUAUGAGAUGGCUUUCACCAGUAUGACCAAUGCAGGGUCAUGCAGAUGUGCGAAGAUUGAGCCAGGUAGCAUCAACUGUGUUGCCAUUGAUGAUGAACCCCACGACCCUCAUUCAAGACUGAUGAUUGCUGCAUUUGUUGGACUGAACCCGGGAGGGUCGACCAUGAUGGCCCGAGACACCACAGUCAUGCCUCUGAUACCUGGACUACCUUCCAUCAUCUCACUGCUGUUUGCACCUAUCACAGAGUUCAGGACUGACCCUGGACUGACUCGUCUGACUGGGGCCAUUUGUGGACUGGGACCAGCUCUGACCAUGGAGUAUUCUUGUUUCCCUGACCACGAUAUUGAGGUCAUCUUUGAUACCAAGAUAGACUUAGAGGACAUAUACAAGAUCAACGGUGUACGAAUGGCAAUCAACAUUGCUAUUGGUAGUCAGGAGAAAGUGAUGGGCUGGGGUCCUGAUGCUGUCUAUAAGAUCCAGGAUUCGGCUAGAACUAAAGUCAUGGAGGUUCUACAAAAGAGAAGGGAGACAGUACAGCCGAGGAGUGCUGAGAGGCCGUACAAAUGGAACCAGCUGAAACCUGAGGACAUCCUCCACCAUAGAUUAGAGAAUACAGACGCAGACAACCCCGUGCUACUCAACCUACACUCGGCGGUGGCUCUGAUAGAUGAGGAGGUAGACCAGAUAAGGCUCAACUCUUCUGCCCAUCAUAAGGAGCGCCUUAAGCAGCACGUCAAAUUUCUGAAGAAAGCUGCUAAAGAUUUAUAUCGACGAGACCCUAUUACAUGUGAGCUGUGUAAUAUGACGGCUAACACCCCCCAGCUACUGGCAUCCCACCUUGACAUGCGCAAACACAGGGAGAGGGAGGAAGCUCUUGAAGAUGACGAGGACUGAGUGAUAAUCUCAAAGAGAAGAGAGGUGUAAAGCACUGUAGGUGAUAACAGCACGGAGACAGGGAAUAACCCUGGAUAAUGGUUACAACUCUACAACGAAAGACAGGGAUAACAAUAUAGUGAUAAUGGUGACAAAAUGGAUAACGAGAAUUUGGCAGGACUGGAAACUAGACACUUCUGUGAUUACGCCAGUGGAACAUGAAUACAAAUGAUUUAUCAGAAAUCCAGUCUGUCACCUGCCACAUAUAAGCAAUGUGAUCUAGAAACCAGCUGUGGUGCUGUAUGUUUGAUACAAGUUGAUUUCGUUUCAGAUGUUCAGAACUACAAGAGCUAAGCUCUAGCUAUCUUGAGUACAUCUACACAGGAAUAGAUUAAGCUCAACGAUUGUAGAACUUCUACCCAGA